AUGGAGGUGCCAAAAGGGAAGAAUGAAACCAAAAUUGUUUUGACAAAGCCCUUCUCAUUGGAAGGUGAAUCAGACUUAGAUCCAUCUUAUAGAGCUCCCAAUCUCCUAAGUCGCUUGUUAAGUCUACUCAAGAAUGUGCGGCCGGGAUCAGAUCUCACAAACUUCCAGCUGCCACCUCUGUUCAAUUUCCCCAAAUCUCAACUACAAUGCUAUGGUGAAUCAGUGUACUGCACAUCUGAGAACUUGCUUAGUAAAUGCAACAGUGGGGAGGGUCCAAUAGACAGGUUCACAUCCGUAGUAGCAUGGAGCAUAUCUACCACGCGCCCUGCAUCUUUUGGGGUUGCUCCUUAUAAUCCCACUCUUGGAGAGACCCACCAUGUUUCUAAGGGCAAUCUCAACGUACUACUGGAGCAGGUUUCACUCGACCCGCCAGUAUCUGCUCUUCAUGCAACGGAUGAGAAGGAAAACAUCGAAAUGAUAUGGUGCCAGCAAACUGCUCCCAAGUUUCGUGGUACAUCUAUAGAAGCUCGAGUGCAUGGUAAACGGUUGCUGAAGCUCCAAAAUCAUAGGGAAACAUAUGAAAUGAAUAGUCCUCACCUUUCAAUUAGAAUUCUUCCUGUUCCGGGUGUUGAUUGGGUUGGCAAUGUUACUAUACGGUGUCUAGAGACAGGCCUGGAGGCUGAGUUAUCCUACACAUCAAGUCGUUCUUUUCUAGGAGUUGGAGGAAAUCGUAAAUUGAUCAAAGGGAAGAUCGUUGACACAUCAUUAUUUAAAGUUCUAUAUGAAGUUGAUGGCCAUUGGGAUAGGAUUGUUAAAGUAAAAGAUACAAAUAGUGGGGAAAUCAGAGUGAUAUACGACGCAAAAGAGGUCAUAUCAGGGCUCAAAGUUCCUAUUGUCAAGGAUGCGAAGAGUGUGUGGACAACAGAAUCAGCACAUGUUUGGAGUGAGUUGAGCGAAGCCAUCAUGAGUAAAGAGUGGGAGAAAGCAAAAGAAGCAAAGGAACGCGUGGAGGAAAGACAGAGGAAGAUACUGAGAGAAAGAGACAUAAAAGGGGAAAGUUGGAUUCCCAAGAAUUUUAUAUUAUAUCACAGUAAAGACAGGUUAGAAUGGAACUGUUCACCCAUUCAAAAAUUAGUCCCUCCUGCCCCCAUCAUAGCCCCCUAA